UGCUCACGGCCUCACUCGCGGCGGCAGUGUCAGUGCGGUGGGACCUCAGGGGAGCGAUACAGGAGGCACUGUGAACUUGUGAUGAGAUAACGAGCCAUGACUGUCACCUACACUGCAGAGGUUGCCACCUGCAGGGGUUUCGGCUGCUUCCUCAAACUCCUCGUCAGGUGGAAGGGGAGUAUCUACAAGCUAGUAUGGCCGGACCUGAUCGCUUUCCUCACCAUAUACUACUCCCUCAGCGUCCUCUACAGAUAUGUCUUGGAUCCUGACCAGAAAAAGCUGUUUGAAGAGGUAUCCGAUUACUGUGAGAAGUUCAUCAACCUGAUCCCUCUGUCGUUUGUGCUGGGGUUCUACGUCGCGCUGAUCAUGGUGCGCUGGUGGGACCAGUACCUCGCCAUCCCUUGGACGUCCUCUCUCGCAGUCUACAUCAGCGCCCACAUAUACGGGCAGGAUGAGCGAGGGAGGUUGAUGAGGCGAACAAUCAUGCGAUACGUCUGCCUGUGCCUCACCAUGGUCUUUACCAUGAUCUCUCCACGGGUCAAGAAGAGGUUCCCUACCCUUGACCACUUUGUUGAUGCAGGUUUGCUCCUGGAAAACGAGAAAGCAAUCAUCGUAGAUCUGAACAACAAGUUUCCCAGACACUCGAAGCAUUGGUUGCCCAUCGUGUGGGCUGCCAGUAUCGUGACGAGGGCCAGGAAGGAAGGCCGGAUCCGAGACGAUUUUGCCGUCAAGACUAUCAUUGAUGAGAUCAAUACAUUCCGUGGCAAGUGCGGACUGCUGCUCAACUACGACUCCAUCAGUGUCCCACUCGUCUAUACUCAGGUGGUAACCCUGGCCACUUACUCAUUCUUCAUCACAUCAGUUCUGGGUCGCCAGUGGUUGGACAUCAAUGAGGGCAAUUUAAAGAGUCGCAAAAACCCUAUCGACUACUACUUCCCUGUGCUUACUACACUCCAGUUUUUCUUCUACAUGGGAUGGCUGAAAGUGGCAGAGAGCUUGAUAAACCCCUUCGGUGAAGACGACGACGACUUUGAGGUCAACUGGAUUGUGGACAGAAAUGUCACUGUUUCGUACCUGAUAGUGGACGAGAUGCAUCAUGAGCAUCCUGAACUGAUCAAGGACCAGUACUGGGACGAGGUGUUCCCCACAGAGCUGCCGUAUACGGUGGCAUCCGAGCCAUUCCGAGAGCGGGCCCCACAGCCCAGUACCGCCAACAUUGCAGUGAGUGCGGCUGAGAGCGAGUUGCUGGCACCCUCAAGCCUCAAAAUAGACGGUGAUAUGGAGAAGCUGAUGAGUGAGGACGCACAGAGCGGGAUACACUUUGUGGCAAAGAGGUCGAGCAGCAGACGCUCGGUGGACGAGCGGCCCCGCACCUACAGUGGCGGCUCCACCACGAGUGUCAACACCCAGCUGAUGGGCAGCACAGCGAACAGUCUCCACCGCGUCGGUAGUGUCACCUCCGUGCUCAAGCGGCUCUUCUCCCGCGACUCCACUGGUGCCACCGUCGACGCAGGAGGAGGACAACCAAUGAGAGAGGGAAUGGGCAGCACUAACCGUCUGCACCCCAGCCGCAGCUCAGACAGCCUGGUGAACGCCAAGUACACGGCAGGCGGCAGCGUAAGGAUAGCGGACCGAAUUGCAGACCAGGUCAUAGAGGAGGUGGACGAGCAGCAGACUAUAACCUCGAUGGCAGGAAGGCCCCCAGAGCAGCGACCGACAAUACAGGACAUUUUCCCCAACACAGGACCACCUCCGCCGUCCGCUCCUCUUCCUGUGCCACCAGGUCGGAACACGUCCACGUACUUCUCCCACUCUGCCCCCAACACGUCAGCAGUGCCCCCCACUUCGUCUCUAUCCCCCGCCCGCUCCGUAGCUACCUACACCGACAUGCUGUCGAUGAAGAGUGCCCCAGGGUUGGGCAACGACAACAGCUCGGGACUGGGCAGUGGUAGCCUAGGAGCCGGUGUGGACACCAUCAGUAUCGGUUCCAACACCGACUCCUCGGAGGACGAAUUCACACGGCUGAAACACGCGAGGAUGCAGGAGAGGAUACGGUACGCACGUUCCAUCAGUGCCAGCAAGGCAUGGCCGAGGGGAGAGGGGGAGAGUGAAUCUCUACUUACAAACAUGAUGGACUCCACGAGGAUUGGUUCAGUCCGGUCGCCGAGGAACAGUCUGCACGGAGACAGGGGCGAGUCGUGAUCUUAGUAAAUCGCCAACAUAAACCUAAACAUUCCCCUUUAUAAGUAAGGAUAGUAUUAAGAAACUUGUGAUUGGUACUGUAUAACCGGACAUAGAAGUAAACUCUGUGUACCCGCUUUACAUUGCUAGGCAAUUUUAUUUUUCUCAAUCAGGUUUACGUUCAGACCUAGGCAGUAUUUUACAUCUGGUGAAGUAAAUGAGUAUAUGCUAAGUGGCAAUAGCAAAUUGUACUUGUUUUCAUGUCUGUAUCGAAUAGUACAAAGUUUUGCAAGAAACAGAUUUAUUAAAUUUUAGGCAAUUGUAAUGUCUACAAAAUAUUAGCUGUAAUAAUCCAAUAUUCUUCAUAAAAAUAAGUGGACAAACAGUUUAGUUACAUGCAUUUGUUUUGUAAAUUUGGUGCUAGGUUUUAUUAAUUAUUUUAAAGAAACUCCAAUUUAUGUGUCAGUCCAAUUUUUUAUCUCUAGAAUUAAUUUGGAUGGAUUUUUCCUUAAUUACAAUGUUGUACCAACAAUUAAGUAAUUUAUAAGAUCUAUAAAACUGCUCAUUUUUGUAUUUUUAUUGGUGUUCUUAUAAGAGCUUAAUGUUCUCCAUUACGUACAUAUGUUAUGUAUGUACAUGGAGCAGACAUUUCAGUUAGCUCAUAUGUGAAACGGGUUAAAACUGGUUUGAAUCCGGUUUUUGUUUUUUAUCAGACGAGUUCAGUGUAACAAGAUUCAUGAAAGACAUUUUAAGAUUGUCACAUUUUGUUACUUUUGUGGAUAAUUUAUUAACACGAUAAUGCUUGGUUGAAUAAAUUUCAAAUUGAUGUCAAUAAUGUGUACAUCCUACCUAUAAAAUGUUCCAUAUCCCACAUUAUUGAAAUUUUUGCUAUCCAUUGGCACUCUUAUUAGCCAGAUUUAAAUCAAAUUUGUGAGAAUAAUUGAUAAUCUUUGGCCUUGAAGGAUUUAAAUUAAAGGUAUCUUUUAACUUUUAACCCUAUAACUGACAGUAUUUUAUUGUGCUAUCACGCCUAUUUUCUGAUAAGCAAAGGAUCUUUAAACUGCUUUGAUUCAUGUUAUUUUUCUCAAAAGUAUCUUUGUUGUGUAUGCUUUUUCAGUAUGAAAUGAGAAAUUUAGUUAUGUUAUAAAAGAUUCAUAAAAUUGCUCACACAGGGUAAAUAACAAUAAUUAGUAUAGUAAUAAAAUUUUGUUGUAAACUUCAACUUAUGUGUUCCAUGGUUUUUAUCAAAAAAUAAUUUAAUCAUAAAUCAAGAUAUCCAGAAAUGGGAAGUAUAUUUAAAAGUGAUAAGUAUUUAGAAGACCUAAUAGUGUGAUACUGAAAUUUAAAAAAAUGACAAUUGAAGAAAAGCACAACACUUUUUUCAUUGGAAAGUGAUUUACAUAAAACAUUUACCUAAUAUUUGUUAAAAUAAAGUUAUUGCAAAUUAUAUGUUAUCUUAUAGCUAAGAAUUCAAAAUUUUGAUUAAUAAACAGCAUUUGUUGGGUACUUUAAUUUUUAUCUGUAUCAAAGUUGAAAUACUAGAAUAAUGUAUCAACACCUACAAAAUAUCUUUAUACUAUAAAUAUUUAAUAGUUUAUUUAAUUAACAAAAUACAGAUGACACAAUAUUAAUUGUUGGUUAAAAAAGAAGCAUGCCAUAUUGACUAAAUUUUAGUUGAGGCCAGUAAGAGGGUUAAGUAGCUUUAUUAAUUAUUCAUUACUCAAUUAUUCUUAGCGGAACAAAGAUAAAAAUUGUGGCCGUAGGCAUAACAUUUCCUAUGUCAUGUAAUAGGUUUCCCGCAAUUUGUAAUUUUUUGUCUUUUGUAGACCCAUAAGUAUUUUUUUGUAAAUUACAUACAAUGAUUACUGUUUUGUUGUUAUAUUGCACAAAUAAUAACUCAAUUAGUAUUAAUACAUAUUCUCAUUGUGUUUUAAGUACUUUGCGUUGUACAAUUUUGAAUGGUCGUUGACUCAUCAUCAGUAAAUUUUACUACUACUAGGAAGAAACAGUGCCUCUUAAUUCUUGAAUUACUGUUACAUUUGUUCACACACAUUUAGAGUUGAAUAAUUCUCACAUCAUGUUCAAUAAUUAGUUUUACCACUCAUUUUGAAAUACUCAAUUGUAAGCAAUGCUCAAUAAGCUUGUAAUUAAAUCAUAAUCUGUUCAUCUUAAUUUCAGGUAUAAUCAAUAAAUACUCUGUAGACUGA